AUGAGUCAUUAUCCAGGUAAUCUUACAAACAUUACGAUCAAUGGUGUUAAAGACGGUCUAUUUCCCGAAUAUAUAGAAAAGAUUCUUACAUUUAAUUUAACAUAUCCAACGCCAAGAGAUAAAUUAUUCUACGGAUUCUGGAAGAAUGCUAUGAAUCUAAGAUAUGAAGGCUAUUUUGAAAAGCCUAGUAUAGUUCCAAAGUAUGGAGAAAAAAAUUUCAUUGAUUUUUAUACAAAUUUCCAUGGAAAAAUUGCAAUUUACAAGAAUGCGUAUGCAUGUGGAUCAGGAGAAUUUGUUAUUAACGAAUAUGUAAUUCGACCACCAUUUGAUUCAGCUCCUCCAUUCUGUCGGUGGUAUACUGCAGGUCCACUUGUGUACAGUUGCGACAAAGCUUGUGUAUUUGGUCACUAUUACUUAGGUAACUAUGGACAUUUCAUUGGUGAUUACAUGACGCCGCUUAUGUUACUUCCUCAGGAUUAUUUAAAGGAUUGCCUUGUUAUUGUCAAUGCAAGAUCUCGUUUCUUUGCUCAAGAAUUACUUAAUGCCGUCGGAAUUUCAAAAUUUAUCUUUGUAACAGACUAUCAAUGGGUAUUUGCAAAAAGAUUAGCUGUUGCAAUUGAAGGAAGACCUCAUUACAUGCAUUUUGGACUUCCACUUCAAUGGCUUGUUGAUAAAUUAAUUGAUUAUUACGAUCUUCAAGAUAUUGUUCCAAAUAGAUAUGUUAUUAGCAACAGACCGAAAUCGCGAUUGGGUUUUCGUCAUAUUAAGAACAUGCCUGAGAUCAUAAAAGCAAUAAAACUCAACAUUCCAGAUUUCAAAUUUGAACUUUUCCAAGAUCACCUUGGUUCUGUUGCCCAAUAUGCAAGAGAAUAUAGUGACAUUAAAUUCUUAUUCGCUCCUGCAGGAAGUAACAUCCAUAAAGCCAUUUUUAUGAAACCAGGAACAGUUAUUGUCCAAGCUGCUUGCGAUAUGUUUGAUCUUGCAGCAUUUAUCACUCCUUUGUCCCUUGGAGUUGCUACAACUGUUGUAAUGAAUCCAUUCAAUCAUUUCGCACACAAAUAUGAAUGCGAUGUUCCAACAGCUGUUGAAGCAAUCAAAGCUUCAUUGUUCUUCUUGGAAAAUAAGAGAUGGCCUGAUCCGAUCCCUAAUGUAACCUUUAUUGACUACGAUCUCGAAUUUAUGAGAAGAAAGAAAUAG